AUGAUAGAAUCUAUGCCCUUGCUAGAUUUGUUAUCAAUAAUGUUCUUUCCAUGGGCCAUUGUACUAUCCUUCUUCAUCUUAUAUAUAUGUAUCAUCUUUUACAACAAAUAUAUUCAACCUCCUACGGAAUUAGCUCUUGAGACUCAUCAAAACUCUCAUCCCUCACUUCCUCCUCUGCCUCUGCCUCAGCCUUUGCCUCAGCAAGACAUUGAAACCGGACAUCUAGCGCCGCUUCAGUCUCAACUAGAAUAUAAAACCGGUUAUAGGGCACGGAUCGAGGAAAUGGAGUUUAAAGAUAUUGAAAAAGAAGGGUUUGAUGAGAUUUGUUGUUCAAUUUGUCUUGAAGAGUUAAAAGAUGGCCAUGAGAUUAUCCGUAUCAAGAAGUGUAAACAUGUUUUCCAUCGUUAUCAAGUGACACAAAUCACAAGUCAUGUAUGCUAAUAUAAAAAUUUCUUUUGGCUACAGACAUUUUUGAAAUCAUUCUCCAGAGAAGGAUUAAAAAUGCAAUGAGGAGAUGUGGCAUUUAAACCCUUCUUGCUCAAUGAACUGAGCAAUAUUUUUAUGUUUUUAAAAGAAAUGUUUGUGGACAGUUCCAUCAGUACAUCGAGAAUCCCGUCAAGACAGGUGAAACAAGCGGAGAGUGACAUGCUUCGGCUAAUAAAUUUAACAAAUACUAGAUCCAAUGAAACAUGAUAUUUGAUAGAAAAAAAAUUCACCAAUCCAACAUGAGGAUAUUUGUAGAAAUACUAGAAAAAUUAAAAUCAUUCGAAACCAUCCAGUCCUGUGUUGCAAGAAAAUUGUUGUUGGAAUAGUCUUCAUAAAUCACAAUCGUGUAACGUACAUGAUACAAAUAUAAUUGAGUAAACAAGUUAACAA